CCACGCCCAGUUUUUGUGGUGCUGGGGAUUAAUCAUGAUAGGCUCAAGGAGUCACGCAUGCUAAGCGAGCAUUCAACCAAUGUGCCUUUGACACACACACCUGUGGAUGGUGCGGUGGAAAAUCUGGGCUCGGGGAUUACAACCUCAGGGUCUUCAGGAUCUGAGGAAAAGUUUUCCCUCUGGGAAUGUAUCCCUUCCUAUUUUCAUGAGUCGCCCCUUUAAAAAUUAGAGUUAGAGUUUUCAAAAAAAAUAGAUUUAGAGUUCUCGCGCCUCAUAAUCCCAAAGCCCCAACUGUGGUGCAGGAGUAUUCUCUGGAAGAAUAAGCAAGCUUUUCUCUGCAGGCUCUGUUGGGAAGAACAUUUAGGAUACAUUAUUGAGAAGAGCUUCCAGGCCACUCUGGCUUGCUGGUGAUGCUUCCAGGACCAAUGAGGGGUUUCACACCGAAUAAGCAAGUCCCAGGUGCAUACUCCUUGAGCAGGUCUCAGGAAGAUGGCAACCUUAGAGGACAUUGAGGAGUCCACUCCUGCCUUGUCACCCAGCAGUCUAUCAUCACCAGGGACACCUGGAGACCAGCACCAUGUGAAUCCUCACGGCUCCCCCUGUUCCAGUCCUGAGGUGCCUUCCCAGGCAGCAGACCUGGACCUCCAAGAGGAAGUGGAGGUCAGCAGAGACACCUGGCUUGACUCUGAGUGGGAGCCUAAGAAGACUCCAGCCUCUCUCAGUUCCCACAGUCCUGGAGAUGGCCUGGCCUCAGAUGGAAGGGCUCUGAGGGGCUUCUUGAAGAGCCUUCCCAGCAUGUCUAAGCGUGGGGACAGCUUUGGCCAGGGAUGUACCUUGGAACAGUCAGCAGGCCUGCCUCCAGGGACCCUGCCCUGCUCUCAAAAAAGGGACACUUGGCACAUGGUGCUCUUGCCACAGGGAGCCCAAGGGACCGAGGACAGCGCCAAGAAGGCUGCAGAGUUGGGCAGUAGUUUGGGGCGCAACUGCCGGCAGGCCAAGCCACACCGCUGCGAGGCCUGUGGCAAGAGCUUCAAGUACAACUCUCUGCUGCUGAAGCACCAGCGAAUCCACACCGGGGAGAAGCCUUACACCUGCCAUGAGUGCAGCAAGCGCUUUGGGAGCUGGUGGGGCUUCAUGCAGCACCACCGCAUCCACACGGGCGAGAAGCCCUAUGAGUGCGGCCAGUGCGGCCAGGCCUUCAGCCACAGCUCCCACUUCACGCAGCACCUGCGUAUCCACAACGGUGAGAAGCCCUACAAGUGCGGCGAGUGCGGCCACGCCUUCAGCCAGAGCUCCAACCUGGUGCGGCACCAGCGGCUGCACACGGGGGAGAAGCCGUACGUCUGCAGCCAGUGUGGCAAGGCCUUCAUCUGGAGCUCCGUGCUCAUCGAACACCAGCGCAUUCACACCGGCGAGAAGCCCUACAAGUGCGAAGAUUGCGGCAAGGCCUUCCGAGGUCGGUCACACUUCUUCCGGCACCUACGGACUCACACGGGUGAGAAGCCCUUCGCCUGUGGCACCUGUGGCAAGGCUUUUGGCCAGAGCUCCCAGCUCAUCCAGCACCAGAGGGUGCACUACCAUGAGUAGCACACGCCCCAAUAAAGCUUGUGGGUGAACCUGCUCCUCUUGGGUGACAUGGGGAUGCUUUACCGGUACAUGGCAGGACAUGUCCUGUGUCCAAGUAUGAUGGCUAAAGAGACUGUCUUGUGGCCGGGCGGUGGUGGCGCACGCCUUUAAUCCCAGCACUCAGGAGGUAGAGGCAGGCGGAUCUCUGAGUUCGAGGCCAGCCUGGUCUACAAGAGCUAGCUCCAGGACAGGCUCUAGAAACUACAGGGAAACCCUGUCUCGAAAAACAAAAAACAAACAAAAAAACAAAGAAACUGUCUUGUGCUAGGCAUCCAUCUUGGUACCCAUCAGCCAUCUGUC